AUGUUUACAAAUCAAGACCAAGAAUCAAUAACUAGUUCAAGGAUUGUGCCUUUACUAGAAACACCAUCUUCCAAUCCUGAAAAAGACCAAGCUCGUAUAAUUAUCGAACCAACGUUUCCCCCAAUUAUUGAUACGAUCGAACUUAUUUCCAAAAAAUCACCAGAUGGUAGAAUUCCUGCAAGAGCACCUAACGCUUUUAUCAUUUAUCGUAAAGUUUAUGUAGAGACAGCUCGCGAAAAAGGUCACUACUUGCCAAUGACCAUUAUAUCUUCUAUGGCUUCACAGAGUUGGGAAUCAGCAGAUGAGACAGUUAAAGAAGAAUAUCGUCGGAUUGCCAAAGAAGCGCUAAGAGUUCGUAAUGAAAUGUAUCCCAAAUCUGGGAGAAGAAAAAGGAAGGAUAGAAACAUUAAUUCUAAUAAUAAAGACACUAGUCCAGUUAUUCAUGAUAAAUCAUCAUUUAGCACAAAUUCUACAUCUGAAUUGCCCUUUAACGCGUAUUCCCCUAUCAAUGUACACAUUCCUUUUAAUCCCGAUUUGACAUCUUUUUCUAGUGAAUCAUUAUAUCAAGAUUAUUUAAAGGAUACAGAUUUUAAUUCCGAUAAUGUAUUUUAUACAAACACACAUUCACCUACUUCAGAUAUUUUUACAUCACCCACUUCGGAUAUUUUUAUAUCACCUACUUCAGAUAUUUUGACAUAUAUGCACUCUAAUUCAUUAUAUAAAAUGAAUUGUCAACCAUUUGACUUAAACUCUGUAUUAAAUCAAGACCAAACAUAUUUUAAUGUAAAUGAACAUUUAAAUUUACAAUUUUUAAAUAAUUAUAAUUAUUCAUUUAAUGAUUCAUAUAAUGAAAAUGAUGAAGUUACUUCUUUGUUUGCAAUAAAUCAAAUAACCGCAAACACACCGGUUAUCGAAUCAAAUAAUUAUGAUAUGGCUCAAUCUUUACAGUUUAGCAUUAAUGAUUCAAAUAUUACUAAUUCUGAUGCUGCUGAUGAUGAGGGAAUUAAAAGAAUUCAA